GAAAUGAAUAGUAAUAGCUACCCAGACGAAAAGAGGAAAGCAGAAUGUGGUAGUAGUCUUCUCUGUUUGGAUGCUUUGGAAGAAUUUUCGCAAAAUCUGGAUUUAUCAUCUCUUUCUGAGACCUUUUCCUGUGAAAGUGAUACUGAUGAAUCCAUAAUAAAGGAGGAAGACUUUAACUCAGAAAAGAAGACUGGUAAUGCUGCUGGCGAGGAGAAGACCAGUGCUGUCAGAGACGAUGAGCCAAAUAAAGGAUCACAAGAACUUAUUCCAGCAGGCACUGUAAAUUCACAGAUGCAGCAGCAACAUGAUAAUGUGACAAAACAGCUCAAUCAUGUCAAAGCUUUAAUGCAAGCAAAUCAAUUAUUGACAGAGGGACUUCGAAAUAAGUUGCUUCAGAUCUGGUGCCAUGUGCCUAAAAAUGAAGUAGGAAGUUUCCAGGAUGAUGAAAUUAGUGAAGUUGACACUGAGAGCCUCCUUGUUUUACCUGGGGAGGAAUCAUCCGUGGCUAGUGUUUAUGAAGAUGAUCAGAAUGUUCAGCAGCAAAGUAAUCUGUUAAAAGCUGCUGUGGAGAAUGCACAGCGUGAAGGAACCAGUGGAUGUGCUGAAAUACACCACUCAGCAAAUGACGUAAGUUGCCUUCAUGACUUUGUGGAGAAUGUAAAACCACAAGGGAGCAUGUGUCUGGGUGAGAGAGUACCAGAUCGAAGAGAGAACUCCGAGAAACAAAAUGGGGUUCUUCGGGACCAGGCCACAAGUCCCACAUAUGACUGUUCUGAACUAGAACUGGUGGGCACAAGUGCAUUGCAAAAAGUACAGCUGACUAUUAGCUUGAAGAACUUGGAAAAUGCCACAAAAGAGAUGCAAGAGUAUAAUCAGAAGAUCAUGCUAGCAAAGAAUGUAAUUGAAGAUACUGCGGAGACAGUUAAAAGUCGAUUGCAGAAAAUUCAGUGUCAGCUUAUGGAACUGGAGGCUGCCAACCAGAAUCUUCACUUACAAAUUGGAAAGCUGAAUGCUGAUUACAGUCAAAUGCAGGAACAUCACCGAUGUGUGGUUUGUGAGAACAAAAACUUAGAAAAACAGUGUGUUGAUCUUCAGACAAAUCUAAAUAGUACAUCAGAAGAAAAUGAACAUAUGCUGACUGUAAUAGACAAACUGGAGAAAAAGAUGGAGGCCGCGCUUAUGGAUUUAACUGAGAUCAAAAUGGAAAAAGAUAAAUUGGAACAACAAGUCCAGUCCUUAAAAGAUGAGUACAACAGUCAAGAGGAAGCAAGAAUUGUGGAAAGAGAACAGAUAAACAGAAAUUAUAGCCAGCUGGUUGAUGAGAUUGAACUCCUUCGAGUACAGUCUGAAAAGGAGCAUCUAGACACGCAAAACCUUCAGCAAGAAAUUUCUGCAGUCAGAAAUGAGAACCACCGACUUCAGCAGGUAGCAGAGGAAGAGAUCAAAAAAAAGAAAUUAGUAGAGCUGGAUGCCAGGAGGUGGAAAAAAGCGAAUCACAAACUCACUGUGGAGCAGCAGGAGAAAGAAAGGCAAACCAAUAUUGUGAUGCAGACGUUGAAAACAGAAAUGAAUGCAUUGAAAGACACUUCCAAAAAGAGAGAAAAAGAAAUCAAACAAAGCAUGAAAAUGCUGGCUAACAUUAUCCUGGAUAUGAAGUUGGUGCACUCUGAUUUAUCUACCAAAGGACCUUCUGACAAGGGAGAUUGUGCCAAUUCUGUCUGCGUAAGGCGAACUAGUCAAAUACUCUCCAAAAUAGAUGUCAUUCUCUCAUCGAUGGAAGGAAUAAUUAUUUCCCGGGAAUCCAACAGCAGUUCUAAUGGAGUGCCUCCAGAUGGGAUCAUUAAUGAUAAAGCACUCUCAGAUUUGAAGGAAAAACUACCUGCAGCGAGCAAUAAAAGCAAACAUUCAAAACAAGAGGAAUGUGCAGCAAUUGACCCAAAAGUGAGAGAAUCUUCAGGCAAUUCUACAUCCUCUCUCAAAAAUAGCAAGAAUGAAACGGUGCAGAAACGCAUUACGAAGAAGAACGAAGAAUGCAAGAUGCUUGCAGCAGAAAAUGUAAAACUUCACAAAUGUGUUAAAGAACUGACAUGCAAGGUUAAUGGAUUCAACAAAAUCAUCCAAUUUGCUGACCAAAGACUUCAGAUGAAUAAUUUGCAUAUUUUGAGGUUAGAAAAGAAGAACUCCAUUUUGUUAGCUGCUUUAAACAAAAGACCCAGAAAAAAUGAGUCAAGAGGAAGUUCUCCAGAUUCCACAAGUGGCAGCAGUAAUGCAAGUGGAAGGGCUUGUCAUUCUAAGGCAAAACAGUUCAACCACGAUGAAGCUGACCUUUGCUUUGCUAAAGUGUCAUCUGCUAACAUUAUCCUCCGAAACCAGCUACAGAUAAGCCAUGCCAGCCAUCGUAUGAUGCAGGCCAAUGUCAAUGUAUGCUAGUGGGACUCUCACCAUUAUUAGCAAUCACCAUCUUGCCAUUCAAAUAUUGGAUGGAAAAUUUUCUCAACAUCAAGAUUUUUCUGUUGUCACCACAUAUUUCCCAGCUGGCUCUCAAUUACCCAUGUUGUUCAGGGGCUGGGAAAAUUCAGUCCAAACUCCAGUUUUUAAUUCUCAACAGUUGACAUGGAAUAUCUUAUGAUUAGAAAACCAUCAAACCCGCCACAGUCUGGUGUUAUCUGCACGGUUUUUGUUAGUCUACACUGGGAACCAUGAACAAUGUACUAUUUUGUCAAUGAUGUGAUUGAUAUCAUGUAUUAGAAGCUUGAGUUCACAUUGCGUUCUGUUUACAAUAUCAAAAACAAAGGCUAAGAUCCCCAAAGUUGUUUUUUUUUUGUCAUGAGUUGUUUGGGUUUUUGAGUUUGAUUAAUAGGAGUCUAAAUGCCAUGGAGUAGAAUUUAAAAGCAGUAUGGGAUGAUACUGUGUCAGCAAUUGAGAAUUGUGUUGAGCAGUAUUCGGAGUUGGCUCCCAAAGUAGUACUGAGAUAUGUAGGAUUGAGCAAAAAUUCCUAUCAUCUGAAAUACUGGACAAGACCAUGAUCAUUUCUAAUAGCAAAAUACUGGACAAAAGCCUCAGCUCAGGCAGCAACAACUACAUACAGAGCCAGUCUGGGACUAUUGUUCAACCUUGAAUUCACAUACCUCCACAGAAGAGAACAAUCAAUUAGACCUAACACUCUAGACUGAAACUAACCUACAAAAACCCAGACAUUUUGAAACCUAUACAGAUACCGGACAUUUGACUCCAAUCAAAUAUAUUCACAUUUAAUCUUGACGGUCAGGAAGCCAAUUGAUCUCAAAGUGAACACCAGUAACAGAAUGGCAAGUGAAGAUAAGAGGCCCUGAUCUCACCUGAAAGCUAUUCCCCACAGCUAUCUCCAGAGGAGGGAUCCUAAACAGCUAUCUCCCCGAGAACAAUUCCUCGGCAGCUAUUCUCCAGGAUGCUUUCCAAACAGCAAU